GUCGACAUUGUCAACAUAGAUACAAAAGACAUUAAUUGAAUGAAAGUUACCUCUGCUCUCAUCCCUAAAAUAGAUAUAAAAUUAGCAGGCUGAACCUCUUGAACUUGAUUCAUUCCGUGAAACCAAUUUUUUAUUUGUGGGAAAACCUUGGGUAACCAAUUAAGCAGAUGGAUAGUAGUUGUGUGGCAACAAGUUUUAGGAUUCCGGAGCAGGUUUUGACGUCAAGUGGGCAGCGGAUGCAGCUCUUGGGUUUCGGCACCGCAGCCUACCCGCUGGUAACACCGCAAGUUGCAAAGCAGGCGAUUCUCCAAGCAAUCAAGCUUGGUCAUCGGCAUUUCGAUACAGCUUAUAUUUACGGAACGGAACAGCCGCUUGGUGAAGCAAUCGUAGAAGCAAUCUCGCUUGGCUUAAUUAUAUCUCGAGACGAGUUGUUCAUCACUACCAAGCUCUGGUGCAGCAAUGCUUAUGGAGAACUUGUUCUUCCUCAGCUUCGCAGGAGCUUGCAAAAUCUCAAGAUGGAGUACGUGGAUCUCUUUCUUAUUCACUGGCCUUUAAGCUUAAAACCAGGGAGAUACGAAUUCCCAGUAAGGAAGGAAGAGAUUAGCCCCAUGGAUUUCGGAUCCGUAUGGGCAGCCAUGGAAGAUUGCCAGAGGCUUGGCCUUACAAAGUCCAUUGGGUUAAGCAAUUUUUCCUGCAAAAAACUAGCUGACAUACUUGCCUUGGCAAAGAUCUCUCCUGCUGUUAAUCAGGUGGAAUUCAACCCGUUGUGGAACCAGAAGAAGCUAAGAGAGUAUUGCAAAGCAAAUGGGGUCCUUCUCAUAGGUUACUCCCCAUUAGGAGCCAGUGGGACACUUUGGGGCAGCAGUAGAGUUCUGGAGAAUGAGGUGCUCAAGGAAAUAGCGAAGGCUAAAGGGAAGACAGUUGCUCAGAUAUGUUUGAAAUGGGCAUUUGAAGAAGGUGUGGGUGUAAUCGUGAAGAGCUUCAAUGUUGAGAGGAUGAAGCAAAACCUUGAGAUAUUGGAUUGGUCAUUGAGCGAGGAGGAGCGUAAAAGGAUCGGUGACCUCCCACAAAGUAGGGGUUGCACCGGAGAAUCAUUUGUCUCUGAAAACGGAACUUUCAAGACAAUCGAGGAGUUUUGGGAUGGGGAAGUUUGAUUACAUUUUCAUUCUAAAAAAUAGCCUUGAGUCAUUAUGUUAACUUGGAAUUUAUUCUUCAUAUUUGUUAAAAUAAUAAGGAUGUUUGCUUGAAUUAAGAUUCAAAAA